UGGACAUAACCGAGACACUGUACCCAGUCACUGCAGCACUGCACUGGGCAUCAGCCUUUGGACCAGUGUGUCAGGAUUUUGUUCUACUUUUUUUAUUAAAAUGAUCUGUGCUGAGUAUCUGCUCUUAUCUUCCUUAGUGCUAGGAGUGCAGUUAUUUCUGCACCAGACUCAGCGGAUCCAGUUUGUUGAAGUUAAUGACUCCGCAAAGAUCCACUGUUCUUCCACGGAAAACCUGGAAGGAGGAAGUAGCAUGUUUUGGUAUUUGAGAAAAGAAGGCGAGAAACCCACCUGCAUUAAGCGCUGUUUGGAUGAUCAAAAUGUAGGUAAAUUUGUUUGCAAACACAAGACACACAGCUCGACGCUGGAAAUCAGUAACGUCCAGAAGACUGAGUCUGGCAUUUACUACUGUGCAUAUAGAUACAGCAGCUUCCUGAUCUUUGGGAAUGGAACCACACUGAUUGUUGGAGACAGUUAUACCAACAGCAGCUGGGUGAUGCUCCUGGUCCCAUUUCCAUGGGGCAGUCAAGUCACUGGGACAGCGAAUCUGGCCUGUGUGAUCCAUGGAGUGUCCAGCCCAGUCCAUGUUUCCUGGAGUGUUUCUGGGGAGCUGCAGGAACAGGGGCUGACACACUCAUUGAAAGCAAAGGAUGGAUUUUUAACGCUUGUAAAUCACAUCAGCGUCCCCAUGGACACCUGGACCAGUGGGAAGAAUUUCACCUGUGAAGUCAAAUUCAACUCUUCUGGCACCAGUGUGAAGAAAAGUACCAGGUAUCUUACAGCCCAUCCCAGCGGGUGUGUGCCACAGACAGUGCGCUACGCAGUGGCGAUUUUCCUGGUGGUGUUGAUGGUGUCUCUGAGCCUGGCCUGGAGUCACUGCUGUUCUAAUCCAGAUCUGUGGGGCAACAUGCAUGACAAAAGAAGAGGGUCAGGAGCUAUUCAUAGACCCAUUCAAAACCUGCUCUGAGAACCAGUAGAGCAAACCUGGGGGGAAAUAUUCCUUUGCCUCUAAAAUCUAUUAGAGAAGAAAUUCAAGAUCAGACUGGAUAAGAGCAUGGUGUGUGUAUAGUGCAAUCUGCUGUGUUAUAGUUGGAUGCCAUAACAAGACCCUCUUCUGACUGCUAUUCAGGUGGAAUAUUAUCUAUGCUUCAGAGAUGCAUAAGGUCAGAUGGGAUUAGCAUCAAUAACACAGAGGUGUAUGAAAACUGUUAAACUUGUGGUUU